AUGGCAUCGGGGCCUCAACUUACAACGUGUACAGACUCCCCUUGCGAGGUACAUGAUACAAGCGCGGAAGAGGUUUCACUUCAUCCUUCAAACGGUGAUGUUUUCCAUUCUUUGGGAAAGGAAAAGCAGACCUCAGAGCCACUCGUGAAUGAGCAUGAUCUCAACAACGAUAAUCCAUCGCUCUCCAAUUGGUCAAUUGAUCCCCAGAAUCCAACAAACUGGUCUUCUAUGCGUAAAUGGACGACUAUAAUUCUUCUCGUUGUCACAAACUUCAUAGCAUCAACAUGUACCUCAGCAUUCGAGCCGGCGCUUCCUUCCAUAAUGGCUGAUUUUCACUCUACCAACGGUUCAAUCGCCUCUCUCACCAUCUCCAUCUACACUAUAGGUUACUGUCUCGGACCUCUUCUCGUCGCUCCUAUAAGUGAAUUAUACGGACAUGUGACUGUACUAUAUCCUGGAUACAUUGGCUUUAUGCUAGCUCUAGCUGUUUGUGGUUCGAGCAGAAGUCUUCUUUUAUUUGUAGUCUUCCGUGCUAUCAUGGGGCUUGCGGCUAUCACGUUCGUACUCAUGGGUCCUGCGAUCGUGGCAGAUCUUAUUCCCAGGGAACAAAGAGGAUUGGCAUUGAGUAUUAUGUCUACCGGGCCUGUCGUGGGUCCAACGAUUGGUCAGUUUUUCUUCUUGGCUCAUAGUUUGGUCAAAAGACUCAUCUACUUAGGUCCUGUUAUCGGUGGUUAUAUCGUGGAAAACAUCAGUUGGAGAUGGAUUUUCUACUCAACGUUGAUUGCUUUUGGUGUUCUGUUCUUUCUAUCUCUUGUCAUUCUUAAAGAGACGUAUGCACCAGUAGUCUUGAAUCGAAAGCAAAAUAAAGGGGGAACAAGCCUACCAGGAAGUCAAAAUAUCACAGCCCUCAAAACUCCUCGAGAAACUCUGCAAGCAGCCUGGACCCGUCCCUUCAAAUUUCUCUUCCUCUCACCUAUCGUUCCCUUUGUAGGCUUCUAUAGUGCUCUAAGCAACGCCUACGGAAUGGUAUGUUUCGCGACCCUCGGCACCGUAUUUCAAAACAACUACUCCUUUACACCCGGCCAAAGUGGUCUAGCAUAUCUCGGUCUCAUGUUUGGCUUCCUCUUCUGCCAACUAACCCUUGCUCGAUUUUCCGACCGUUAUAUGCUCAGAAUGGAAGCGAGAAAUAACGACAAGCGCCCGGAAUAUCGUCUGCCACCCAUGUUCAUCGGUGCAUUUCUCCUCCCCAUCGGAUUUCUCUGGUACGGAUGGUCUCUUGAAUAUCACACCCAUUGGAUCGUCCCCGUUCUCGGAAGUUCGGUUAUUGCGAUUGGUAUUCUAUUUAGCUAUCUGCCAGUACAGAUGUAUCUUGUAGAUACAUAUACUAUCUAUGCUGCGAGCGCUACUGGAGCAUGCACCAUCAUCCGUUCGAUCUGUUCAACUUUGAUCCCGUUGAGUGCUAAUCCCUUAUAUGAUCGUUUAGGGUAUGGGUGGGGUAACAGUGUCUUGGCGUUCAUUGCAAUAGGAUUCGUGCCAAUUGCUUUGCUAGUGUUGAGAUAUGGGGAGAGAAUUAGAACGAAUCCACGCUUUCAACCGAAGCUCUGA